GCGUUGGCAGCGCUAGGCUUGUCCGCGCUCAAGCGGAGCAUCACCUCAAUUGACUACUCUUUGCAGUACUUAAUGAGGUGGACAACUGAGGUUGGUGAUUGCGAUGGCAGUAACGGUGGCGGCGGUGGUGGUAGUGGCGUUGUUGUCAUUGACGACGUGAGCACAUAUCAUCGUGAGUCCGGGAGGAGAUACAUUUUGGCCGCCAAAGAAAGCUAG